AUCACGCAGGCGUAUUGGAUACAUGUUGUUAUUUACCAAGACCGGUACUGUUUGAUUUUGGUUUAAUUCAUUUUUUCUUCUUUUAUCAAUUAAAGGUUUCGUGAUCAAUCAAGUACUAGUGAAAUUUAUUGUUACCCUUGAGGAGACUUUCUUUUUUAAUCAUGAAGAAGCUUUUUCUUCUGAUUGUUUUUAUAUUCUCUUCUGUUCUGGAAAUCGCAAUCUCAACACCGACUGUGGCAUUGAAAUUGAAUGAUGAGUGCUACCGUGACAGAGACUGCGAAGCAAGCAUUGAAAAUAGCCGGUGUCACUUGGGAUACUGCCGAUGUUUACCCUUCUUCGCAGCAUAUAAUGAAACCCGUUGUGUCGAGUCAACUCUCCUUGGAAAUGACUGUCUGGUGCCGGAGCAAUGUUUCAUGAAAGUAGCUAAUAGCAGCUGCUUAGCUGGAGUUUGCCGAUGCGAAGAAGGAUAUCUUCAAUUCCGUAGGCAUACCUGCUUGACACCUGCAAGACCAGGUCAAGUUUGUUACAGUCAUGCGCAUUGUCGUCUUUGGGACAGCGAUACUCACUGUGACUUCUUGAUUCCUGAUUUAUUUGGUCGCUGCCAGUGCACUGCACCCAUGAAAAGAGAUGGAGAAAUUUGUCGACCUAAUUCCCUAGUGAUUCCCACACUUUCUCCAAAUCUACCGAUUAUUUCAAAUGUUUAUCACGACAAGGUAAACGAUGGAAUGCAAGCUGGGAACCUUUCUGAUAAUAGAUCACCCCAGGAUGAUAAUAUCACUGAUACCGGGGUACAAAUUUCUUGGCUUAAAAAUGCUUCGAGAUUAUUGACUACUCCAGUAACAACUCCAAGAUUCCCAGUUAAUCUGGUCACGCGACCAAUGUAUCGAACUCCAAAACCACAUCACGAAGAAACCAAUGAACUUCCAGAUGACAAUGAUGCCGUGAUAAUCGAUGCUGAUCUCAGUACUGAAAUUAUUCAGGCAACAACUACGUCUGCACCAACUAAAACCGAUCGGCACGAAACAAUAACUUUUUCUGCAGUUAGCUUAGGAUUAACGUGCACCAAUGAUCUUGAAUGUCGAAUGGCCGAUGCUAAUUCAAGAUGCAUUGGCGGUGUUUGUGACUGUGCGAUUCGUGGAAAUGGAAGUUAUCCAUGCGGAGCACGGAGAACAGGAUGUCCAGGGGGUACAUUUCAAUGUCGAGCUUCUGGAACAUGCAUCAGUUGGUUCUUUGUUUGCGACGGAAGACCUGACUGUGGAGAUGGUUCUGACGAGGAGUGUGCCAGUGAUAGAUGCCCUAAACAAUCUUUCCGAUGCAAAAAGAGUGGAAUAUGCAUUUCGAGAGCUGGACAAUGUGAUGGAAGAAAUGAUUGCCCCAAUGGGGAAGAUGAAGAAGGCUGCAAAAGUCGACGAAGAUGUCCUGAAGGAACUUUUCGAUGUAACAACGGCCAGUGUUUACCAGCUUACGAAUUUUGUAAUGCAGUAGUCUCAUGCCGAGACGGGAGUGAUGAACCACGAGGAGCUUGCCGGAGUCACAAUCGAGGUCGUAUAUCUGCGAGAAAUUGCCCUUUCCGGUGUGCAAAUGGACAAUGCCGCUCAGACGCUAUCACCUGUAGUGGUCGUGACGGAUGUGGAGAUGGGUCUGAUGAAACUAAUUGCUCAGUUUGCAGAUGUCCUGCAAUUGCAUAGUAAUCAAGACUACAAUAUAAACUACAACAUAAACGAAGAAAAAAAUAACGCAUUUUUUCGACGAUUUAUUUGGUACGUGAGUAUAGCAGUUGCACGUAUGACCAAAGAUUAAAAUGAUUCAUGCAAUAAACACAUUCAAUUCUGAAUGUUGAAUCAUUAUCAAAAAAUAUUAGAUUUAUAUACUUUUUAUACAGCUCGUAUAUUGGAUUCAGAAAAUAUUUACUAAUCUUGUAAAUUAAUUAUCCAUAAAAUUGUAAAUGGAUAUCAAUGCAUUAUUAUUACCAUACAAGAAUAUUUUUAACCAAUAAAACUAGAAAAGUUCAAUAGGACAUUAUUCUUCUAUUUUUAUACGUAAUAUC